AUGCGUAAGGGUCAGAAGCGUAGCAUUAUUGAGUCUGGGGAGUGCUCUGUGUCUGCUACUCCUGUUAUGCGUACAAGUAAACGGUCCCGACUUAUUUCUUAUGGUGGUCUUCCUACAUACUAUGACUGUGGUGAUUGUGUUUGUGUUUGUGAAUUUUGUGGAGCUCUUUUCUGGGUUUUUGUUUGCUUCCCUUCACUGCGGUUCAUUAUCUUUUGCUGUUUCUUUCGUUUCUUGGUUCAUAUGCGUAAGGGUCAGAAGCGUAGCAUUAUUGAGUCUGGGGAGUGCUCUGUGUCUGCUACUCCUGUUAUGCGUACAAGUAAACGGUCCCGACUUAUUUCUUAUGGUGGUCUUCCUACAUACUAUGACUGUGGUGAUUGUGUUUGUGUUUGUGAAUUUUGUGGAGCUCUUUUCUGCAUUAUGACUAACAUAUCUGACUUAAAGUAUGCAUGCGAAGGAGGUCCAUUACAGGUGCGGAUCUUGCGAAAAUGGAAAUCAGACUACCGUCGGGAGAUGCAAUACCCGAUUUUGGGACAAAGAAGCAACCAAGGAUACAUUGAAUCAGUUCUUCAUAUUCACAACUGCUAUACAAUAUCAAAAUAUACAUGUCCCUAUCUAGCAGAGUAUCAGAAAAUUCUAGAAAAUGAAAUCUAUAUUGAUGUUGGCCUUGCGUCUGUAAUUGUUCCCUUUCCUGACACUAUUACAAUCCCCACAACCUGGUUUCGAUUUGUUUCUAAAAAUGAUCUGAUUGACCUAGGUGAAAACCCUCCAUAUUAUCCAGAUUUCAUUGGUGUGCUAAAAAAAAUCAGAAAUUGCAUAAAGGCUGAUAGAGAGGAAUUCAUUCUUGUAAUUCUUGCAGAUGAAAGUGGUGAUGAAACAACAAUCAGUUUAUGGAAAGAAUGUAUUAAUGUUCCUGAAAAAUUAAAACGUGAACAGUUGGCACCUCCUCCUGCAACAACAAUUGUUGCAAUUACAAAUAUAAAGAGUUCAAUAAUUGCUGGAACUCUAAGAUUUGGAUCAUCACCUGCCACACACGUCUAUGUUAAUCCACCAAUACAGGAGACAACACUUUUAAUCGACAGGUUUACUGGUCCUACACCACCAACUCCGACACUCUCCGGACCACUGAUAACAGUGCAUGAAUUGAUUAAUAAAAAUCAUAACGACCUACUGGAUAAAACAUUCUGUGUAAAAGGCGUGUUGUCAAAAAUCACAUUCAAAGAUUACUGGUUCCAAGUAUUGUGCCCAACAUGCAAGGAUCCAAUUUUCAGGAAAGGCAACUACUGGUUUUGUAGUGCUCAUGGAAAAACAGAGUUGCCUACUUUCCUGUACAAAAUAGUUAUAGAUCUAACGGAUCCAACAGGCUCCAUAUCUGCCCUAAUGACUGAUGCCUCAGCCCGAAAACUAAUUGGCAGUCCACCGGAAAAAAUAAUAACCGAUGACCAUGUAAGUGAUAGAAAGUUCUUGCCACCAAUGAUCAUGAAUCACAAAGACACAUCAAAAAUUAUGUCAAUUCAAAUGUUAAGAGGAUCUACCACCAAAAACAUCCGUUUUAUAAUUGUUGAUGUGCAUGAAAUCACCGCACCAAAUAAGACACUUACACCAGUUACACCAACACAAAUUUUGGCACCUACAAACACAGCAACACCACUCAGUCCAAUACAGCUUCCACAAUCUUCAAAUGUUCAGAUCAAUCCUAACCUCGAAACAACUUCCACAACCUCUGAAACACCACAUGCAGCAAGGAAACUAUCAUAUGACACUACCGGUACUUACAUAUACAUUCUAUUCACAUAA